CCAGGCCUCCUCGACCCGACAUCUCGAGCUCUUGACCACCUUUCCUCCACAUAACUUUCUCUCAAUUCCUCUUCCGACCUUCAAGACACCUCUAGUAGUGUGAUCGGGCCAUCAACUUCCACAAUGUCGCAAAUUCACGCCAUGUCCGACGAUCAGGUCGCCGGCGAACUCAAGAAGAUGACCGCAUUCAUCCGUCAAGAGGCUGUGGAGAAAGCCAAGGAGAUCCAAAACAAAGCAGACGAAGAGUUUGCCAUUGAGAAAUCGCGACUCGUCCGCUCCGAAACCGCCUCCAUCGAUGCUUCAUACGAGAAGAAGUUCAAGCAAGCCAGCAUGUCCCAGCAGAUCACAAAGUCCACCGUCGCGAACAAGAGCAGACUACGGAUAUUGAGUGCGAGACAAGAGCUGCUCGAUGAUCUGUUCGAGCAAACGAGCGGGAAACUCGAUGCCGCCAUCAAGGACAAGAAGAGAUACGAAGCAACCCUGAAGGGGUUGAUACUAGAGGGGCUGUAUGCGUUGAAUGAGAGCAAGGUGGAGUUGAAAGCACGUAAGGCAGACUACGGUGUCGUGAGGAAGGCUAUCGAGUCAGCACAGAAGGAGUAUAAGAAGACCAACGGCGAGGUUGAAGUCGUGUUGAACGAAAGCGACCCACUUCCUGAGGGAUCAGCCGGUGGAGUCAUUAUUGUGGGCGGCAACGGCAAAAUUGACGUGAACAACACCCUAGAGGAACGGUUACGGUUGUUGGAGACCGAUGCCCUUCCCUCCAUUCGUGUGUCGCUUUUCGGGGAAAACCAAAACCGCAAGUUCCAUGACUGAGAGGAAUGCACUUCAAAUCGAAGACCCAGAGAUUCUCCAAUGGGAAGAGCUCAAUACCCGAUGUAAAAAUGGACCGUGACGGCCCUUCGCAAUAUGCAACCGUCUUCAUUAUUGCGGGAAUGCGUACAGUUCAUCGUAUGACGGUUGUUCGGUCGAUAGUAUCGAUCAGGUCAUGAUGCUGGAAGAUAGGGAGAUGGCCCUAAUUUAUGUACAUUUAUCACAGCGCACUUCACUAUCAGAAUUAUGCCCUCUGUUAAUCGAUUUCCCGGUUUGGUAUUUCCCAUUUGCCCGAUAGCCCCUUUCUCUUCCA